CUCGCGAGAUUACCUUCCUGCUGUCUAGUACAGCACUAAAAACUGUCAGUGAGGUUAGAGGGGGUAAGAAUUCCUCAAAUCGGCGACUGCCGUUUAAACAGCAGUGUGAAUGUCCAAAUCUGUGCUUUUGUGUUAUUACGUACCUAACGUGUGACAGUGAGAGGGGAAAAAAACAACAACAACAACAACCGCGUUCUCAUCCAAACUGUACAGGCCAACAGUAUCUGAACUAGAUCAAACAGACACUGUGCUGUAAUACAGCGAGCAAAUGGCGUUGAAAAGAAUCCAAAAGGAACUGACAGACCUGCAGAGAGAUCCACCAGCCCAGUGUUCAGCGGGUCCGGUCGGAGAGGACUUGUUUCACUGGCAGGCAACAAUAAUGGGGCCGAACGACAGUCCAUAUCAAGGUGGGGUUUUCUUCCUCACGAUUCACUUUCCGACAGACUACCCGUUUAAACCACCAAAGGUCGCAUUCACAACAAAAAUCUACCACCCUAAUAUUAACAGUAAUGGCAGUAUUUGUCUGGACAUCCUGCGAUCUCAGUGGUCUCCUGCGCUUACUGUGUCCAAAGUCUUGUUGUCCAUCUGCUCCCUGUUAUGUGACCCGAACCCAGAUGACCCCCUGGUACCUGAGAUCGCACACACAUAUAAGGCAGACAGAGAAAAGUACAACAGACUAGCGAGAGAAUGGACGCAAAAGUACGCCAUGUGAGAGUGCCUGCGACUAAAACACUACAGAAUCAAACGGACCGAGAAACACAUUUUUACUUGUAACAAGAGGAGUAAAAAUAAGUAAAUGUUGAGGAGAGGGACAACUAAACAACAGACCCUUGGAAAGGAAUCAGAAAGCGGAGGUGAGAAGCCACUAUGAGCCGAAUCCGCUGUCAUGUGCCGUUCUCCUAAACCCGCCGUCUGAACGGAUUAGCCUGGAAAACUCCAGGAAAACUGUAAAACCGGACAAACCUCGGGGUACCACAACCCAGGAAGUUAGACUUGUGCUACUGUUAGUUCUAUUAUUACUGUCAUUGUGAUUUUCUCAGUGUUACUCGUCAUCAUCGUUUGUCAUUGUGAUUGGGAUGAAGUUGGAAGGCCGACGACACGCUCCUGAUCAUGUCUGAGUCGGUUCACAAUCCUCGUGAAAACCAUUGUUGUGAGUGAACACGCUUUUCCAUUUUUAAACAGUUUUGCGAUAGAAUGUAAAAAAAAAAAAUGUUUUUAGUGUCUUGGCCUUCCAACUUCCUGCCAUUUUGGUUACUCCAACAAACACUAUGAAUGUGAUUAGGAAAAGAUGGUGUGAAAGUGCAAAUGUGAUUUUAUUUAAUUUAUUUUUUUAAAUGGAGGUCAUAAAAAUAGUCAAGCGAGUCUACAUCUCUAAAAAAAUAUUAAAACAUAACAGGGUGUCCUAAACAGACAUGAUGCGAUAAUCUUAAGCCUUUACCCUCCAUAGACCACAAUGCAACAGUGCAUUACAUUUAAAGACAUUGGAAGGGUUCCGCCAGUAGCGGGCGCUCGUGCGACGCAAGCGUUGACGUAAACGAGAAUAAAUAUACUGAAAUGCAUUUUUUUUAUGCGUAGUAUACUACAAAUACAUUUACACAUUUAUGUACUAAAAUGAUAUACUUAAAGUCUGCUAAAUUGGUACUAAUUUUGUUUAGUUAUCCAGAAAUAGUGAUAUAUGAUGUAUAUUUGAUUGUGCUAAAGUGGAGUACACUUUAGCUUCUCUUUCAAUAUCUUGCUUUGAAAGACUGAUAUUAUGUUGUGAUCAUACUAUCCCUACCAAUAAUGAUAUUAGAUCACAUUUUAAGUAUAAUAAUAAGAAACAUGCAUUGUGCAAUAAAGAAGCACUCCAAAUAAAGUUUAAUUAUAAUAUUGAUAUCAGUUCAUUAAAUGUCAAUAAAUGUGUUAAUGGAUUUGAAGUAUACUCAGUAUGAAAUAAAUGCAUAUAAAAUAGAUUUUUUACUAGGGGAAAGUCAAACAAAACAUGAUAUCCAAUCACAAGUCAACCAUUUUAAUAUUGUACAAAACACAUAUUCCGCAUGUGAAAUUCAUACAUUUUUUGCGAUUAAUCGCAUCCAAAAUAAAAGUUUGUGUUU